AUGGGGCAUCUAGCUCUCCUGGGUGGAUUAGUCCUUCCCUCUGGGGUGGAGUUUAGUGGUCUACAAGGGCCAUGGACUAUGAGCAAAAAGUUGGAGCAGAACAAGCAGCUGGUGAAUUUUUUGCUCAGAGGAGAUAGAGGAGCUUUGCCUUUAGUUCGUUUUUGGUUUCGGCCGGCCGGUAAAGUAUCGGAGUUUCCGACCGGAGGUCGGAGACAAUCUUUCUCGGCUAGUCGAGGCUUGAUCGCGCUCUGUGUUGAUGAUCUGAGGAGCAGGGGGCCGAGUCUUUCGCGCGUGUUCGCCGAUGGAAAGUGUCAUUUUCCCCUCGUCUGCCAGGGCGCACCAUGUGUCAGUCACCUCCAUAGUUGCUUCAUCCACUUCAAGAGCUGUCUCACCCUUUCCCCUGAUGAAUCUGUUGUCAGUGUGACCUUUGUCAUGGCAUCACCAGUUAACAUCAUUGUUGGCUCUCAUGUAUGGGUUGAGGAUACAGUCUUGGCAUGGGUUGAUGGACAAGUGAACCGGAUAGAUGGCCAAGAUGUUCACGUUCAAACCACGAAUGGGAAAAAGCAUCAUCUCUUGUUUUCUAAUUCAUGCUGCUCUUGCUUGGAAGUAGUUGAGAUGGGAAAUCUAAUGUACUCUAGAAUGCAGGUUGUUGCAAACAUCUCAAAAGUGUUUCCAAAGGAUACUGAAGCUCCACCUGGAGGUGUAGAUGAUAUGACUAAGCUUUCAUAUUUACAUGAACCUGGAGUUCUGCAAAACCUCGCUGCUAGAUAUGAACUUAAUGAAAUAUAUACAUAUACUGGAAAUAUUCUGAUCGCAAUAAACCCUUUCCAAAGAUUACCUCAUCUAUAUGAUACUCACAUGAUGGAGCAAUACAAAGGGGCAUCCCUUGGCGAGCUUAGUCCUCAUGUUUUUGCAAUUGCAGAUGUUGCUUACAGGGCAAUGAUCAAUGAAGGGAAGAGCAACUCCAUUUUAGUUAGUGGUGAAAGUGGUGCUGGUAAAACUGAAACGACAAAAAUGCUGAUGAGGUAUCUUGCAUACUUGGGUGGUCGUUCUGGAGUGGAAGGACGGACAGUUGAACAACAAGUUUUAGAAUCAAACCCAGUGCUUGAAGCAUUUGGAAAUGCCAAAACUGUCAGGAACAACAACUCCAGUCGUUUCGGUAAAUUCGUUGAAAUCCAAUUUGACAAAAGUGGGAGAAUAUCUGGAGCCGCUGUUAGAACUUACUUGUUGGAGAGAUCUCGUGUUUGCCAAAUUUCUGAUCCUGAAAGAAACUACCACUGCUUCUACCUUCUAUGUGCAGCACCACCUGAGGAAAGAGAGAAGUAUAAGCUGGAAAACGCAGAAUCAUUUCAUUAUCUGAACCAGUCUAAGUGUUAUAAACUCGACGGAAUAAGUGAUGCUGAAGAAUACCUUGCAACCAGAAGGGCAAUGGAUAUAGUUGGGAUCAGUGAGGAAGAGCAGGAUGCUAUAUUCCGGGUUGUUGCAGCAAUCCUUCAUCUUGGUAAUAUUGAGUUUUCCAAGGGAGAGGAAAUUGAUUCUUCUGUGAUUAAGGACGAGAAGUCAAGGUUUCAUCUCAAUACGACUGCCGAAUUACUCAGGUGUGAUCCAGGGAGCUUAGAAGAUGCCCUGAUCAAGCGGGUGAUGGUGACACCUGAGGAAGUUAUCACAAGAACUCUUGAUCCAGAGGCUGCCUUGGGCAGCAGGGAUGCUUUGGCAAAGACAAUAUAUUCUCGUCUAUUUGACUGGAUCGUGGAAAAAAUAAAUAACUCUAUUGGACAAGACCCUAACUCAAAAGCAAUAAUAGGAGUUCUUGACAUAUAUGGGUUUGAAAGUUUUAAGCACAACAGCUUUGAGCAGUUCUGUAUCAAUUUCACCAAUGAAAAACUGCAGCAGCACUUUAACCAGCAUGUAUUCAAGAUGGAACAAGAAGACUAUGAGAAAGAACAGAUAAACUGGAGCUACAUAGAGUUUGUUGAUAACCAAGAUGUUCUUGAUCUAAUUGAGAAGAAACCUGGAGGAAUAAUUGCCCUGCUUGAUGAAGCUUGUAUGUUUCCUAAAUCUACUCAUGAAACGUUUGCUCAGAAGUUAUAUCAGACAUUUGCCAAACAUAAGCGCUUCAUCAAACCGAAACUCUCACGAACCAAUUUUACUAUAGCUCAUUAUGCAGGGGAGGUCACAUAUUUGGCAGAUCUGUUCCUGGAUAAGAACAAAGAUUAUGUGGUGGCAGAACAUCAAGACUUAUUAACAGCUUCAAAGUGUGCUUUUGUAGCUGGUUUAUUUCCCGCUCUUCCCGAAGAAUCAUCAAAAUCCUCCAAAUUUUCUUCAAUAGGGUCACGUUUUAAGUUACAACUACAAUCUUUAAUGGAGACGUUGAAUUCAACAGAACCUCAUUACAUCAGAUGUGUGAAACCAAACAAUAUUCUUAGGCCAGCCAUUUUUGAGAAUCUUAACAUAAUUCAACAACUGCGAUGUGGUGGUGUUCUUGAAGCUAUUAGAAUCAGCUGUGCUGGAUACCCCACUAGACGUACAUUUGAUGAAUUCCUUAUCCGGUUUGGUGUUCUUGCUCCUGACGUUUUGGAUGGGAACAUUGAUGACAAAGCUGCAUGCCAGGUGAUUUUGGAUAAGAUGGGACUAACAGGCUACCAGUUAGGUAAGACAAAGGUCUUCCUACGAGCUGGUCAGAUGGCUGAGCUGGAUGCUAGGAGAGCUGAGGUUCUUGGAAAUGCAGCCAGAACAAUUCAAAGGCAAAUACGUACAUACAUUGCUCGGAAAGAUUUUGUUGUAUUGCGCCAAGCUGCCAUUCAAUUGCAGUCAUGUUGGCGAGGCGAGUCAACCCAGUGGGAAGUGCGACUCGAAACUCACCCGAAACAGGCACUUAUGAAACAGAAAGCAAACUGGGACUAUGUCCGUCUGAGAACCGAAAACCCUGACAUGGCCCUUAAUACCAUAUUGAGAGGAAUGAAGCAAUCUAUAUCCGCUUGCAAUCUGUAUGAGCAAUUGCGACAAGAAGCUGCUGCAAUCAAGAUUCAGAAGAACUUCAGAUGCUUCAUUGCCAGGGUAUCCUACUCAACGUUGCAGAAUUCCACUAUCAUAGUGCAGACUGGCAUGAGGGCAAUGACUGCUCGCAAUGAAUUCAGAUUCAGGCAACACACUAAGGCUGCUAUCAAAAUUCAGGCUCAAAUUCGUUCUCACCGUGAAUAUAGUUAUUAUAGAAGCCUUCAAAAGUCUGCUAUUGUAACCCAAUGUGGCUGGAGGCGACGUAUCGCUAGGAGAGAGCUUCGACAGCUGAAAAUGGCUGCAAGGGAAACAGGGGCCCUAAAAGAAGCGAAGGACAAGUUAGAAAAGAAAGUUGAGGAGCUUACAUGGCGUGUGCAGUUUGAGAAACGAUUGAGGACUGAGCUGGAGGAAACAAAAGCACAAGAGAUUGCAAAGUUACAGGAGGCAUUGCAGUCAAUGCAAAUACAAGUGGAAGAUGCAAAUGCUAGAGUGAUAAAAGAACAAGAAGCAGCACGGAAAGCAAUUGAAGAAGCUCCUCCAGUCAUUAAAGAAACCCCUGUCAUGGUCCAAGACACGGCAAAGAUUGAUGCAUUAACAGCUGAAGUUGAACGUCUGAUGUCGUUGCUGCUGUCAGAAAAGCAGGCUGCAGAAGAAGCUAGAAAGUCCGCUGCAGAUGCUGAGGCCAGAAACAUGGAUUUGGCUAAAAAACUAGAGCAAGCUGAGGGGAAACUGGAUCAGCUUCAAGAUUCUGCGCAAAGUCUUGAAGAGAAGCUAUUAAACCUUGAAUCGGAGAAUCAAUUACUUCGUCAACAAGCUCUGACCAUGUCACCUACAGCGAGGUCCAUAUCUGCCAGGCCCAGGAUGACUAUAAUUCAGAGAACUCCGGAGAAUGGAAAUAUACUAAAUGGAGAAACGAAGUUUGCACAUGACACUGCCCUUGUUUUGGCAACUCCAAAGGAGCCUGAAUCCGAGGAAAGGCCGCAGAAAUCUCUUAAUGAUAAGCAGCAAGAAAACCAGGACCUCCUGAUAAAGUGCAUUUCACAAGAUUUGGGAUUUUCGGGUGGCAAACCAGUUGCAGCUUGUGUCAUUUACAAAAGUCUUCUCCACUGGAGGUCAUUUGAGGUUGAGAGGACUAGUGUGUUUGACCGCAUUAUUCAAACUGUAGCUUCAGCAGUAGAGGUUCCUGAUAAUAAUGAUGCAUUAGCUUACUGGUUAUGUAAUGCAUCCACACUGUUGAUGCUACUUCAACACACCCUCAAAGCAAGUGGAGCAGCUAGCUUCACCCCCCAAAGGCGAAGGACAUCAUCAGCUUCUCUUUUUGGAAGGAUGUCACAGGGUUUGAGAGCGUCUCCACAGAGUUCAUUUCUCAACAGCCGACUGCUUGGUAGACUUGAUGACUUGAGGCAGGUUGAAGCCAAGUAUCCCGCGUUGUUGUUUAAGCAGCAACUUACUGCUUUCCUGGAGAAGAUAUAUGGAUUGAUCAGGGACAAUCUGAAGAAAGAGAUUUCCCCUUUGCUUGGUUUAUGUAUCCAGAUUCAAGGAAAUCUUAAUACAACAAAAGGAUACAAGAAUGACAUUCCAGUUCCCAUGAUGAGCUUCUUUUCUGUCCAUUCCUGUUUGGUUUCAAAACAUUAUUUCGUGCAGGCCCCCAGAACAUCCCGUGCUAGGUUAGUGAAAGGACGCUCACAAGCAAAUGCUGUUGCUCAACAAGCACUAAUUGCUCAUUGGCAGAGCAUUGUGAAAAACCUGGACAAUUACGUAAAGAUUAUGAAAGCAAAUUAUGUUCCUGCUUUCUUACUCCGAAAGCUUUUCACUCAAACAUUCUCAUUUAUCAAUGUCCAAUUAUUCAACAGGCAAUAUGUAGGCUCAGCUUGGGAUGAAUUGAAGCACAUCAGGCAGGCUGUAGGAUUUUUGGUCAUCCAUCAAAAGCCCAAGAAGACCUUGAAUGAAAUUACGAAGGAACUUUGUCCUGUGCUAAGUAUCCAGCAAUUAUACAGGAUUAGUACUAUGUACUGGGAUGACAAAUAUGGCACUCACAGUGUUUCUUCAGAUGUCAUUUCAAGUAUGAGAGUUAUGAUGACAGAGGACUCCAAUAAUUCAGUGAGCAGUUCUUUUCUGUUAGACGACGACUCCAGCAUUCCUUUCUCAGUAGAUGAUCUCUCCAAAUCCAUGCAACAAAUAGACGUGGCUGAUGUGGAGCCUCCUCCUUUAAUCCGUGAGAAUUCAGGGUUUGUGUUUUUACAUCAAAGAUCAGAUAAGUGAUCAUCAGAUUUGGGGUUCGGUUUAAAAUCCUGCCCCCAUUGCCAAACGUGAAGCAGUGGUGAUUCUUUUGUACAUUCGCUUUCGAUUGUUGUUACCGUGUCCAAUAUCUCCAUUGUAUAUUUUUCGUCAAAAUUUGCUUGGGCGACAAUUAUUGAUUGUUCGUCUGGGUUAAUAUCAGUUUUCUCUUCUCUUGCCUCGUCAACGUGAGAGGCACUGUUAGGAGGCCGUAGUGCUUAUAGGUUGUGAAGAAUUUCAUGUUAUAGGCAUAUGGAUUGGGCUUUUGAUUGGUUGUUUCCCUUGAUUUUUUUGGGGUGUAAAGUGAAUCGCAGAAUGUUAGGUUUGAUUUAUUUGUUUAUUUUUUUGGGGUAGUGUGAAGAAGAGUGCUUGCAAAGUGUUUUUGUUUGAUGCAUGCAUGGUAAUUCAAAUUGAACACCAUAAAUUCAUAUGUACAGAGAUGGAUUGGGUUUCUGCUCUUUCG